AUGUCUGACCUUCACAAUCGGCUCCUCAGGCGCAUAAAAGAACACGAACAAGCCAUUGGAGUGUCACUGGUAUUGGGAGAAGAUCUGUUGGACAAUUCGUCGUUGUUAGCUGCUCCGCCAACUCCUGCUUGUGCUGGUCCACCAGUAGUACCAGACUUUGAUCAACAGCACUAUAAAGAGAUCACUUUUAAAUACAGAGACGUUUAUCUCAUUAACGGGGUAUCGAUCCAAACGUAUUAUUUGCCUUCUAAUAAACCCACCAGUCCUAUAUUUAUGUGUCAUCAUGGAGCUGGAUCUUCAGCUAUGACAUUUGCCAAAUUGGCCGAACAGCUACAUCAACAUGACAUUGGAGUUUUCAUGUUUGAUUUCCGAGGCCAUGGCCAUUCGUCUAAUGCAGCAGAUGCGUCUAUUGAAGCAUGCGUUGAAGAUUUCAAAGGUGUAUAUGAUAAGUUUAUGCAACUCCAUUUCCAAGAGUCGUCAAGUAAUUCUAUAUAUUUAUUGGGUCAUUCAUUAGGCGGAGCAGUACUAACCAAGUUCAUGGUCAAGUAUUAUCAGAUCAUGCCAAACAUUAAGGGCUUAAUAAUGUUAGAUAUAGUAGAAGAAACCGCAGUUAAAGCUCUAGAUAGUAUGCCCAAGUUCCUAGAAAGAAGACCAACUAGAUUUGACUCUAUUCAAAGAGCUAUAGAUUGGCAUAUUAAAGAACUGCAUCUAUUAAACAAUGAAGAUUCGGCCAAAUUAAGUGUUCCUGAUCUUCUAAUAAAGGAGGAUGGUAGAGGUGGUUGUUAUACUUGGAGAGCUAAUCUAAUGGAUACUCAACAAUAUUGGGAAGAAUGGUUUAAAGGAUUAUCUGAUAAUUUUGUCAAUUGCAAAGGAGUUGCUAAGCUUUUGAUCUUGGCAGGCCAUGAAACUUUGGAUACAAACUUAAUUAUUGGCCAAAUGCAAGGGAAAUAUCAACUAAUUGUCUUCAAUAAUAAUGUUAGAACAGGCCAUUUUGUACAAGAGGAUAUUCCACAGCAAAUAGCACUAAGUUUGGUUGAUUUUGUUAGAAGAAAUGAUUGUCCCAAUGAUUAUAUGAAGAAUGAAUUAGGAAUUAUUCCAAAAUGGGGUGGGAAAGUUCAUACUUAG